GGUGGAGAAAAGCAAGAAGAAGUUUUUGACUAUGUAAUGGUAUGUACUGGUCAUCACAACGUUCCUCGAUUGCCGAAUUACCAGGGGAUGGAGACAUUCCCUGGUAAGCAGACACAUUCUCACUUUUACAAAGAGCCAUUUGACUACAUCGACAAACGCAUUGUUGUUGUCGGAGUCGGCAACAGCGCCUUGGACAUAUCUGUAGAAUUAUCUCAAUAUGCAUCACAAGUCUAUGUAGUCUCUCGCAGAGGCAGACUUCCCUGGAUCCUACCGCGCAGAGGCCUCUUCGGGCGACCAUUUGAUCACAGUAUCUCGCGCUUUUCCGGUAUGCUUCCUGGCUUUAUCCGGAACUUUAUUGUACGUCUAGUUGUCUCGCUUACUACCGGUCUACCCCCCGAGAAUCUCCGUCCGUUAUAUCCAUUUUCCGCUGCUCAUCCGACAGUAAAGUCAGAUUUUCUUGAUCGACUCUCUACUGGAACUAUUGCAGUAAAACCCGACAUAUCGUCAUUAGGGAGUGAUGGAUCUGUGUCGUUUGUUGACAACACAAUCGCUGACAACAUCGAUGCUGUUAUUUAUUGUACUGGGUACAACUAUGAAGUACGCUUUUUGGAUAAGGAAAUCCUCAGUGGAGGAGAUAUUGUAAAAGAGAACUUUACCGAAGGAGAAUACAGGGAGAAUAUCGUUUGGCUGUAUAGAUUUAUGUUUCCUCCAAGAUAUAGUAAUAUUGCAUUUUUGGGAUUCAUGCAACAGAUUGGUGCGAUUAUGCCGUUAUGUGAACUUCAAGCUCGCUACGUAACAGCAUUGAUCAAAAGCGAGAUUCCGUCUCUGCCCUCCCCUGAGGAAAUGGACAAGCGCAUCAUAGCUUACCAUGCCCAAAAUCGUAAGCAGUUCUAUGAAGCGGCCAGACACACUACGGCGGUUAUAAUGAUGCCGUAUGCGGAUAUGAUUGCAAAGGAUGUUGGAUGUUAUCCAACAUUAACGAAAGUACUAUGGAAAUAUGGAUUCGGGAUUUGGAGGAGAGUGUUAUUUGGCGUUCCUACUCCUAUGCAAUUUCGAUUGUUGGGACCCGAUACGUGGCCCGACGCCGCUAAAUGGAUUC